GUGCAAUUGGAAAAGCAGCGGGUUCUGUUACUAUAAGCGUGAUAGCCAACGAUGGGUCGUAUGCACAGUGGUGGAAAAGGGAUUUCAAGAAGUGCUUUGCCUUAUAGACGAUCUGUCCCAGGAUGGCAAAAAAUGACAGCAGAUGAAGUAAAGGAGCAGAUAUACAAGUUAGCAAAAAAGGGAUUAUCACCAUCUCAAAUUGGUGUUAUUCUGCGUGACAGCUUUGGUGUUGCUCAGGUCAGGUGGCUAGCUGGAAACAAAAUACUUCGCAUUCUGAAAUCUAAGGGUUUGGCACCAGAUAUUCCAGAGGAUUUGUACCAAUUAGUCAAAAAGGCAGUUGCUAUUCGUAAACACUUAGGCAGGAAUGCUAAGGAUAAAGACAGUAAAUUUAGACUUAUUCUGGUUGAAAGCCGUAUCCAACGUUUGGCGCGCUACUACAAAAGAAAAAGAGUUCUACCGCCUAACUGGAAGUAUGAUAGUUCCACAGCGUCAACACUGAUUGCUUAAUCCAUUAAAUGACAAUGUAAAGUAUGUGGUUGAAUAAAUUUGCCUUGGCGACAUGUUUACCAUAAUUUUAUAAAAACAGCAAGGUGGUUGGUUUGGGUCUAGAUUGACCCACUUGUCAUUUUUAAACUGCCGUAUAAUCCAAAAAAAUAUCUCACUUAAUAUUUGAUAGGUCCUGUGUAUUCUCUUGUAUUCGUGUUGCAUGUUAGUCUUAAGGUUCACUAGCAAUGGUCAUCAUGCUCCAUGAUUUUUUCACUUUAAGCAUAUCAGUAGUGAUUUUAUGGAUCUAAGUCGUGGCCAAUUCUCCAUGGAUCGUUACUAUUACUGAUUCUAAACAUAUUUUAGUGGAAAAUUAAUUAAUAAUUUCUGUUUUUUCAAUAAGAUACGUCUUGUCCCCAUUUAAAUGAUCGCUACUUAAAAUAAGUAUCUACGUAAAGUAGUUUAAAUACAAUUAUGAUCACUCACUA